AUGGACGCGAUGGUGAAGUGGCUGAGCUGCAACGGCGAGGUUUGGGGGAUGGGCCCCACGGCGGUGUUCGCCAGCGCCGCGGCCCUAUUCCUUUACAGCGAGCUUCGGGCGACCAUCAGCACGGCUGGCGACCGAGCGCAGCUAUCGUUGCUCGAGAAGAUACUAGUUGCAGAACUACAAGCACGCGCAGCACGAGGGGUGAACAAGACAAUAGAGAAAGUGCAAACUUUCGUAGCGUCCGUUCAGCAACGCCUACGCGGCUACGAGGCGCACCCGCCGUCUAAUGACAUCGUCGCCCCAACGUAA